UAUAAAAAGUGUGUGCUGCUGUUCAAUUUCUAUUCAGUCUUGAUAAUAAUUCAAAGUCUCUAGUUCAAAACCAACUGUUAAAAUGGUGAAAAUAAUUAAUAAUUUAGUUGCUUUGGCAGUUAUUGGAAUUGCAUUCUGUGGCUUGGCAUCUGCUAGCACAUUGAGUUUUGAUCAUUAUUGGACAUAUGAUGAGAUUCAAACCUACCUCAACGAACUUGAUGCAGAAUUCCCCCAAAUUGGUCAUAUUGAUGUUUAUGGAACAACAGCUGAAGGAAGACCUUUGACUGCAUUCUGCAUACAUAAGGAACAUGCAGCCAGAGCUGGACUUCCAGUCAUAUUCAUCGAGGCUGGUAUUCGACCAAGAGAAUGGAUUGGAGUCAUGGCAUCUCUAUAUUUCCUUCAUGAAGUCGUUGAGCAUUAUUAUGAAUUUGAUGCCCUCCUCGAUUAUUUUGAAAUUGUUGUGAUUCCUGUUGCAAAUCCAGACGGCUAUGUCUACUCCCACAAUGUUGAACGUUUGUGGAACAAAAAUAGACGAAGCGUUGGAUCUGGUUGCUUUGGUGCUGAUAUUAAUGCAAACUUCCGUUAUCAAUUUGUUUAUCGUGAUGACCCAUGUGCUGAGAAUUAUCCAGGAAGCAGCUACUUCUCUGAAGUUGAAAGUCAACAAUUGGUUAGUUUUGUAACAUCAGUAAAGUACGCCAACAGAGUCAGUGUAUACAUUAGCUUGCAAUCAUUUGGACAACAAAUUUUACUUCCAUAUAAUUACUUUAACAUCGCAAGUGGCAAUCAUGCAGCUGCUUUGGCAAUCGCAAAUUCAGCAGCUACUGCCAUUCGCACAGUAAAUCCAUCGAGAGUCUAUAAUGUUGGUGUUGGAGCUGCUUUGAGAGGCAAUUCAUUCGGAACAUCAACAGAUUAUGCUAAAGGAUUCUUAAAUGUCGAAUAUGUUUACACAUUUAUGUUGCCAAGCGGUGGAACUAGUGGAUUUGAAGUUCCAGAAGCAGAAAUGCCAGCAAUUAUUGCAGAAGCUUUCGCUGGAUUGUAUGCAAUUACUAGUGGAAUUGGUGGAUUUUAAAUGA